AAGAUAAAAGUGUACCCUUUCAAACCCGUUCGGUGAACGCAAGUAUCAUUCAGCAGAGGACCCCCUUGUUUCCCAGACAGUGAGCCCAUUGCCGACAGGAUGGCCGACGCGACGCUGUACCGCACCGCUGGCCACCCAGAGAAGGCCCGACUGGUUUUCAACGCCCAGCUGCACCAACAGCUCAAGAAUAUCGCCAAGAACCGCGAGAUCUCGGCCGUGCCGGGGGCGCCCACCAUCUCUAGCAAUGGCAGUAUGCGCCCCACACAGCCCAUGGUGCUCAAUGGCGCCGGUCGCUCCACAGAGCUCAAUGGAUGGAGCCUGGAGAAGAAGAUGAUGGCGCUGGCUGAGGCACUGGACCUGCUACGCCGCCCAUUCUUCUUCUACCUGGACUUCGGCACAGCGGCGGCAGCCGAGGCUUCGAACGGAGGCAGUGCAGGAGCCUCGGGGGACCGCAAACUCACCUACCACUCGUACUUUAACAAGAUGCUGCCACUGCACGUGGGUCAGACUGUUUUGCUUGACUUGUGGUACGUAAACUGGCGAGAAAUUGACUUCUUAACGUGUUUUUGACGGCAUUUUGAUACUCUUGCGAAUGAUAGGGACUAUUUGAUGGACAUGGUCGACCACGUACCUGUGCGCAAUCGUUGCCGCGCGCUGUAUAUGCAGGCGGCGGUGUAUAUCUGCCGUCGUGUGGAGUUUAUCGAGGGUUACCCACUCGACGGACAGCAGGUGCACCUAGACUCGCUCGUGUCGAAGCGAUACAUUCGCUUAUUGGAGCGAAGUGUGCGCUUCUGCUCGGUCAAGAUCCGCAAGGCGCGAUUCAUGGCCGAGGAGCAUCGAUUCUUCGUCGCACAUAUCUACACAGCGGUGUAUUUCCGCUUCCCGUUCGCCACUCCGAAGCUGCUGGAAGCUGUACUACAAUGCACGGAAAAACUCGAGGGGAGGGGAGAAGCAAGCAGCGUAACUAGCAACGGAUCGAGUAGAAAUCUGAAUGGGGUGAAGAAUGACGCCCGUCCUCCCAAGACGAAGCAUCGACGGGCACACCGGGGGAGCAUUUCCGGCAGUUUGCGCAGCCCCCGACAGUAUCGUCGCCACUGGAACGAUCUCUCAGAAUCCAAGUGUCGACCAGACCGUAUCAGUGGCGUCGACUUGCAGCUCGAGAUCUUCUCGUCUUUUUCAGAGUACAAGUCGAACCGCGGCACAGAUCGACUGGUGGUGCCUGUGAAAGGUGGCGGCACACCGGGAAUCCCGCAGGAUAUGCUGAAGAAGGGUUCCAGUAACAAAUCCGUCGCUGCUGCGCUCGAAGCAGUGUUCCAGCAGGGCAUGAACCGCGUUGGUGAGGAACAAGAAGUGACCUUUAUUUACCAGCUCCCGUUGCUGUAUAUCGGCCACAAGCUGCAGAAUGACGCGUUUGUGAAGUUGACCGUGACAACUCAAGACAAGAUCGAGGCUGGGCUGGAUCUCUUUAUCGACCGGGUUAAAUCGCCGGGCAGAGACGACCUCAUGGCGGUGACGUUCGUGGCAGCUGUAUUGAGUGAUGUGAGCAGUUGGUGCAACCACCGCUAUGCAGACGGUCGUAUUCUGUGGCAUUGCGUGCCUGGAUACUUUGCACUCGUGCGCUUGUACGUGGCAGUUUUUGAGCGGAUGUGUCAACGGCGUGCGCGGUCUAGUGCAGGAGCUUCGUCCAUGCCUUCAGUGAACCGUAUCCUUUCCAUUAUCGAGGGCAAGGCGAGCGAUCCCUGGGAAGACUAUUGGAAUGAUCGGGAGAUUGAAACUGUGCUGGAUGCAGGCAGCGAGGUGCUCAAGAAUGAAGCGCUGGUCAAUGUGCUUAUGCAGGUGAUCCUGGAAAGCACCAACAUCCUCGAUCCUACGAGUGUCAAUUACUCGUUUGGAAUUCUGCAACGUAUGCUCGAGGUCGCUUCGAUGGCUGCAAUGCCUGCCGCAACGGAGAUUGGGUCGCCUGGAAAAUUCGGCGGUCGAGUUCGUCACUGUCUAGGAGCGGCGUUCGAUGGAGACUACUUUUUGAACAGCAUGCGCAGCGCUCUGCAGUCGUCGCAUGUUCAAACGCUUCUGAAAGUUCUCACAUGCAUCUACAACUGCAUUGAUCUGCUGCCGACUGCUGCUCGCAAACGACUUGUCGCUGAACUCAUCCUGCGCGAGAACUUCUUCCAUUUCUUUCUGCAUUGGAACGAAGAGAUUCGGAAGAUUUUCUCCUACAUGAUCGUGUUUAAAACUUCGGCGUCAAACCGAUUAGACCUGCCCAGUGCAUCUGACCGGAUUCUACUUGCACAGACCCCAUUCUUCGAGGUUGGCCCACAAUCUAGGUCCAACGGCUCAAGUUUGUCGGCUGCAUCGCCUGCACUCAGCUACUUAAGUCACCUGAGUGAGCUAGCUCAGGCCAUGCUGCGCCCCACUGCAGACAGUGAAAUGGAUCCGGCGAAGAAAGCUGCCGUGGGCAAGAAGGCUCUUCAACGUUUAAAGAAUUGGGACGCUAGUGCUCGAUUGAAGCGUACCCGUAGCGGUGGGGAUGCUGUCUUUCGGGACAGCCUCGUUGACGAAGAACUAUCAGUGGAUCUUUCUAUCGCCAGCAAACUGGACGCGAAUUUCAAGAUGAUUGCCGAGCAAAUGGAUCCGACGAAACAUCAACGUGAGAGUCAAGAGAAUGGAGAACAUGCGCGUGCCAAACGGUAUUUCCCUCGGGAGCUGGAAGCUUACGCUGAACGUGCGUUAUCGCAGUACGUUUUGGUGCUCUGGGAGUACUACGAGGCAGCGUUCGAGAACCCAGCGAAGAUGCCAGUCGCACCGUCACUGGAGUUCACGAUUUCCGUGCCGUUCUUCUCCGAUUAAUCCGACAAAGUGAGUGUAUUACUAGUAUGUAGACGUACACUAGGCGACUCGUUGACUGAUACGCAAGUGCACGGGGCUCCAGCUAGACUUGAGCGUAGAGACUGAGCUGGCGGAACAUUUCCUUGCUGCUGUACACUGUAGUUGUUGCUCCCGCUGACACAUAGAAGCAAGCAUAUCAGUCAGUCACCAAUUCAUAUACUUUUUGAGCAAAUUUCAA